CAGAACUUUCCAACCCCAAGUUCUAACUCCUUUCCUCCAGCACCCCUCGGGCACGGGACUAUCUAAUCACCCCAUCUCUUGAAAGGAUCGUUUUUGCCAGGCACCCUGGAGCCCACUCAGGCCAACCCGGAGGGCGCGCACCUGCCCGCCGCCGCCGCCCCCGACCCUAAGGGCCCGGAGACCCAGGAGCCGAAGAAGAUGGCCCAGCCCAAGGCCGACUGCCGCUCACCUGUCGGCCUCGACUGCUGCAACUGCUGCCUGGAUCUGGCCCACCGGAGCGGCCUCCAGGGAGACAGCGCCGGGGACAAAGCCCCGGGCAGCCCCACCGUGAGCAACUUUCGGCAGCUGCAGGAGAAGCUGGUCUUUGAGAACCUCAACACCGACAAGCUCAACAACAUAAUGCGGCAGGAUUCGCUGGAGCCCGUGCUGCGGGACCCCUGCUAUCUAAUCAACGAAGGCAUCUGCAACCGCAACAUCGACCAAACCAUGCUCUCCAUUCUGCUCUUCUUCCACAGUGCUUCCGGGGCCAGCGUGGUGGCCAUAGACAACAAGAUUGAGCAAGCCAUGGAUCUGGUGAAGAACCAUCUGAUGUAUGCUGUGAGGGAGGAGGUGGAGAUCUUGAAGGAGCAGAUCCGCGAGCUGGUGGAGAAGAACUCCCAGCUGGAGCGCGAAAACACCCUCUUGAAGACCCUGGCGAGCCCCGAGCAGCUGGAGCAGUUUCAGUCUCGCCUGAGCCCUGAAGAGCCGGCCCCCGAGUCCCCAGAAGGAUCUGAGGCUCCCGGUGAUUCUUCGGUGUAAGUGGCUCUGUCCUUGCGGUGGGCAGAGCCACUACACUUGUUCUACCUAGUUCUUCCCCGUUUGUUUUUGGCUCCCCAAGCGUCAUCUCACGUGGAGAACUUUACACCUAGCACAGCCGGUGCCAAGAGAUGUCCCAAGGACAUGGCCAUCUGGGUCCACUCCAGUCACAGACCCCUGACAAAGAGCAGGUCUCUGGAGGCUGAGUUGCAUGGGUCUUAGUCACCCCAAGUCAGUGAGCCUUUAAUGCUACUGCGUCUUCUGGGCUCCCAGGGCCUGGACAACUUAGCUGCAACUGGCAAAGGAGGAGGAAAUUUUGUUUAAAAGGUAGUUUGAGCUGAGAUGCCAGUUUGCUCCAGAAAGUUUAAGGGGUCUGUUUUUUCUGUUUUGUUUGGUUUUAUUUUUUCAUUUCCAUGGACAUCUUCAACAGCUUCACUUGACAACUGUUCCUAUGAAGAAGCCACUGUGUUUGAAGCAGAAGCAACCUCUCUCUCUUCUCCCCUGCCUUGCGCAGGCAGGGGGAAUGGAUGGGAGAGAUUGAGCCAAAUCAGCCUUCUGUUGGUUAAUAUGAUAUAAAUGCAUGGCUUCGUGCACAGCUCAGUGUGGGAUUACAGCUUUGGGAUGAUCGCUUAACAAAGUUCUGUUUGGUUAGUAUUGGCAUAGUUGUUUGGUUUUUUUUAAUAUAUAUAUAUAUAUAUAUAGCCAUAAGUGCAUAUAUAUACCCAUAGGGAUAGAUCCAUAUCAUAGUGUAGCGAUGUAUUCAUUUACACAUACAUCUACGUGUUGAAGGGCCUAACCAGCUUUGAGAGUACCGAAUGGUCCUUGUCUGUUAAGGUUCAUCAUUGGGACUGUGUUCAUUGAGCAGGUUGUUCCAGUUUGUCCUCUAGGUUAAUAAAUAAGCUGCAGAGAUAUAAUAAAGGCAGGGAAGGGAGGGGGGGGCGCAGCCUCGGAAUGUGGCCAGGGAUGCCUUGUUGCUGCACCCUUUCCCCAUCUGCCCAUUGGAGGCAUGCGAAGUCCUCUUCCAAACGCCAAACCCGCCAUUCACUGGUGCUGACUACAUAGAAUGGGGUUGAGAGAAGAUUAGCUUGGGCUCCACGGUGCCAUUUAAAUGCCACCCCACCCUUUUUUCUUUUCUUUUCUUUUUUUAUUUGUCUCCUUAUCCUGGUGGGAAAAAGUUCCAACAGCACAGAUUGACAUGCUGCUGCCCGGGUGAGGCACUCAGGGAGAUUGUCUCUGGGUGGGGGGAGGGGAGAGGGUCAUGUGGCAGUGAACACUUUCCACUUUGUGACACCUUCUCCUGAUGUCUGUCUCCAGGAUUUGGAGUUGGAGUUUUUCAAAUGUAGCUGGAAAUUUCAAUAAACGUUGCUUUUUUCUUUUUCAAAAAAUAAAAGUGGUAUCAGAGAUUUAAUGGA